GUUUUACUCAAUUUAUUAUUAUAUCGGUUUCGGAGGAGACAUAACUAAUUUAUAGUUGAAAGAGAGAAAACUACUUGAAAUUAAUUUGCUUGAUUGUUUCAUGAAUUGUUAAAACAAUCCGUUCUUGAUUACGCGAUACAAUACACUUUCAGCCUCUAGGGGCGGGGUCGAAGCUGAGAAUCUGCAGAUAACAUCAUCCCUACGAGCAAUCAAACAAUCUGAUUGGCUGGCGCUAAUUUAACGUAGAAACCAUUGCCAAGACGUAAAUAAAGGUCGCAGUACAGAUGAUAAGUUUAAAACAAAAUAGUUUGAAGAUAGCAAAACACGGUUAAUACAGAAAAGACUCGGUCUUCCAACAGGGAUGUUUUGAAGAGAUUGUUUGUAAUUUCAUCCAAAGUUUAUUCAAUCCAUUUUGUCAUCUUGGUGAAAAUUAUCAAAAUUGCUGCCAUGAGUUUGAGUGUCGGGGGGUAUUCUCAUCCCGGAUACCCUCACCCUGGUCCUAUGUCCCAUGAUUUCUACCAGUACCAACAGAUGGCGCGCUAUCCGGACCACUGUCCCGAUGCCUCCUACUUUCAGAACUGGGUUUUAAAUGGAGUGAAUGGACAUCAUUCGGAUAUUUCGGUUUCUCCGGAGUCAUAUGGCAUGUGUACCCCAAGUCCGACAGAGUAUCAUUCCAUUGGAGGUUCUGAACAUUAUUAUCCAACUUUUGACAGGUGUAUAAAACGGAGGACUACUGCAAACAAAAAAGAGCGCAGAAGAACUCAAAGCAUAAAUACAGCUUUUGCUCAGCUCAGGGGAUGUAUACCGAAUGUGCCAUCAGAUACCAAGUUAUCCAAAAUCAAAACUCUACGUCUGGCCACAAGUUAUAUAGCAUAUCUAAUGGACGUUUUAUCCAAAGAUGAUCCCAAUCUCACGGAAAAGGGAUUUAAAGCUGAGCUCACGAAGAAAAAAGACGAUAGAAAAGAAAAACAAGAAAAACAGAAGGAACAGGUUGUCACUGAUAAUUCUAGUCCUGAAUCCACCAGCCCGACCACUAACAACGAUAAGAAAGCCAAAGGACGAACAGGGUGGCCACAACAUGUUUGGGCGUCGGAACUAAAAAACUGACGACAAAACUGUGAGACAAUGUGGACAAAUUAUUUCAGGAAACUGGGAACAACGGUAAUGCGCAUGAGCAAGUGUGAUCCGUGCGAGAAAUGAUUGAUGGUGCUGUGACUGGUAUUUGAGAAAAUUCAAACUGAAUGCUGUGAUCAAAUUCAGUCCUGUCAAGAGAAACAUUGCAACGUCCCGCCCCCUGGCGGCGAGCAAAGUGGAUGUCUUUCAGGAAUCAGCCAGUGUCUAAAAGAUAUGUUUUCAUUUCUUUUAAUGACUUACAUCAAUUCUGAUUACAUUUCAGUUAUUUCAAACAUGCUGUCUUGAACAGUGCACGAUUCAAUUACUACAUGCUGCCUAAUUUUAUCUGUCAUUUCAAUGACACCGGAUAACUAUAUAGUGUAUAUGUUUUCCUCUAACAUUCUUUUAUGACAUUUUGUUGGCAAAUGUUUGCAGAAAUCAAUGGCAACAUACAGGAUAAUGAAGAGAAGACAUCUGUCUUUUGUAUUUUGGCCUCUUUGAAAUCAACAGAAAAUUUUAAAUGAAAUGCACUGUAUGUCGAAGACGUUCACUGUAUUAAAUGGGAGGAGUGUAAAAACUCAAUAAACAAGCCAAGUUUUUAUCGAA